CGAUAUUGUAACAUGAUGCGGUAUAUAUCCUUUAACCUCAAAGUAAUUCUACAUAGAGUUAGUGAAAUUCGAAUACGACAAUUGUCGAGUUAAUUAAUUCGCAGAAAAAAUGAAAUUUACAGAGCACUUAAGUGCUCAUAUUACACCAGAAUGGAGAAAACAAUAUAUAAACUACGAGGAAAUGAAAGCAUUACUCUAUGCAGCAGUAGAGCAAGCACCAGCUGCAGAUAUAACGGAAUCACAUGUAUUAGAACGUUAUUUUAAUAAAUUUGAUGAAAAAUUCUUCCAUUAUUGUGAUAAGGAAUUAGCAAAGAUAAAUACAUUUUACUCAGAAAAGUUAGCAGAAGCAACACGUAGAUUUGCAACCCUUAACAAUGAAUUGAGUGAAAUUCUAUCAGUUUCUGAAGAUGGACAAGGAUGUCAUAAAAUCCGUUAUCAUAAUAAUAUUUUGCGUAAAAAUCCAGUUUCAGGACGUAAAUUGCAAGAACUGAAAUUAGCUUUUUCAGAAUUUUAUCUAUUUCUUAUUUUACUUCAAAAUUAUCAGAAUCUCAAUUUUACUGGAUUUAGAAAAAUAUUAAAAAAACAUGAUAAACUUUUAAAUAUAGAUCUUGGAGCAAAAUGGAGAGCGGAACAUGUAGAUACAGCAUUAUUUCAUACACACAAAGAUAUAGACAGGCUUAUUGCAGAAACAGAAGCCUUGGUUACCAGAGAUUUAGAACAUGGAGACAGACAACGUGCUAUGAAACGUUUAAGAGUGCCUCCACUUGGUGAACAACUAUCUCCAUGGAUUACAUUUAAGGUGGGACUUUUCUCUGGAGCUUUCAUUGUUCUUCUUAUAGCAGUGAUACUUUCAGGUGCACGUUAUAGGGACAACAAUAAUUGGCGGGUUUUAUGUAGAUUAUAUCGUGGACCACUUCUUAUGAUUCAGUUUCUUUUUCUCAUGGGAAUUAAUGUGUAUGGGUGGAGAUCUUCUGGUGUAAAUCAUGUUUUAAUAUUUGAACUUGAUCCUCGAAAUCACUUAUCAGAACAGCACAUUAUUGAAAUGGCCAGUAUAUUUGGAUUGGUUUGGUCUCUAUCGAUUUUAGGUUUUUUAUACAGUGAAUCAUUAGGGAUACCGCCAUUUGUUCAACCUAUUUUGUUGUAUACAUUACUAGCCUUGUUUUUGUUUAAUCCAACAAAAACGUUACGUUAUGAAGCUAGAUUUUGGGCGCUCCGUGUACUCGGCAGAAUAUUUUGCGCUCCAUUCUUCUAUGUCGAAUUUGCUGAUUUUUGGCUUGCUGAUCAACUUAAUUCUUUACAUACUGUUUUCUUAGAUUUUCAAUAUUUUGUUUGUUUUUAUAUACAAAAUUCUUCAUGGACCAACGUCACUGAUGCAGAAACUUGUAUAAUGCGUGAAUUAUCAAUGAGACCGUUUGUAGCUUGUUUACCAGCAUGGUUUCGAUUUGCACAGUGUCUACGGCGAUAUAGAGAUACAAAAGAAGCGUUUCCUCAUCUCGUAAAUGCAGCAAAAUAUGCUACUAGUUUCUUUGUUGUAGUAUUUUCUUAUUUACAUUUAACUCAUGCUAAGUAUUAUGUAAUGUCCACCGAAAAUCCCUAUUUUUAUUUAUGGAUAAUCGCAAGUAUUUUGAGUUCGUGCUUCACGUAUACAUGGGACGUAAAAUUAGAUUGGGGACUGUUUGAUAGUAAUACAGGAGAAAACAAAUUCCUGAGGGAGGAAAUUGUUUAUUCAUCUCCAUACUAUUAUUAUUUCGCAAUAAUCGAAGAUUUUAUACUCCGUUUUGGUUGGGCAUUUUCGUUGUCUCUGAUUGAAAUGGGAUACGUACACGCAGAUUUAAUGGUUUCUAUAGUUGCACCAUUGGAAGUGUUCAGGAGAUUCAUAUGGAAUUUUUUCCGUUUGGAAAACGAACAUUUGAAUAAUUGCGGUAAGUUCAGAGCAGUCAGAGACAUCUCUGUUGCACCGGUUGACUGUUCCGACCAAACACAAAUCUUGAGGAUGAUGGACGCUGCGGAUGGGGUAAUCAAUCGAAAAAGAAAACAAAAGUUACUGGAUAAAAAACCAUCACGCGCGUUUUCUAAAGGUGAAUCUCUAAUUUGCGACCUUGACACAUAAACACAUUCAGGUAUGACAAAUGAUACACAAAACCUAUGGAUGUUAACCGAUUUCCCUGUGUGUAAAUGCGAAGAAAACAACGACUUUAUUAGACGUUAAAGUAUAAAUAUUAAUCAAAAUGAUUCUAUGUGUUAAAUGAAAUACGGAAAAUGUAUAAAUCUCGUGAAUGUAUUAUAAAAUUGUUGUACAAUAUUUACAGCUAUGCGUAUACUCUUGCCACGAUUAUAUGUUUAAAUUUCCCGCGUUGUGGGUCGAUCGUGAGAAUCGAGUUUCGUGAUGCUCGAUAAAUAUGUAACAAUAAAUUUAAAUUUAAGGACCUGCGGAGAACACAUC